AAAAGAAGAAAAUGGUGCCUUCAGAAACUAGUAGGGUUUAGGCGAACUGCUGCCUCCCUGCUUCCUCGAUCGACCUGCGAUACAUUCAACCUCCAUAUCCUCCUUCGCACUCUCGCUCUCUCUCUCUCGCGCCGAACAAUAGAUGGCUUCCUUCUGCAGAUCAGCUCUAAUGGCGGGCUCAAGGUCCAUAGCUCGCUCAAGAGCUCUAAGCCAAACCUCCCUGAACUCCCUAAACCCUGCAGCCAUGGCAUCCCCGUUUGCUUGCGCCACCAGAACAAUUCCUUGCGCUACAAGAUUCGUUUCUGUAUUGGGAUGCAUGGAGUCAAUGAUGCCGCUUCACAGUGCCAUUGCUUCUGCUCGGCUUACAUCCAACAUUGCCGUCGAUUCCACCUGCUGGAGCUCCCUUUCUCUUGGUCUUGCAUCACCGUUGUGACUAGGCCCGCUGGCUAUGUGAGGUAAUCGGUGCUUAGGGUUUCCCUUCCGAGUCAUGUCUUGAAAUUUUGGACACUGUAUUGCGUAGCUUAUGCCAGCUCAGUUAAUUCAGCUAUUUAGUUGCUGCUGCUAAACUUCUGUUAGAUUGUUCAGUGGUACCUUUGAGAACCGUUCUUAUUCUGCUCUUGUUUUCAGUUUACAUGAGUAAUUCAUGGAAUUGCAGUUUCUUAUUGUGGUAUAAAUGAUCCACAUGGAUGCAUUGAGUUUUCUUUUCAACUUUCUGUGGUGUGUAUUUUGUAAUGUGAUGGUGAAACAACUAGAUUAUUGUUCAAGGCUUGAGUUAUUUAAUAAUUGAUAUUUUGAGCAAUUAUAUUA